CGAUAACUCGCUGCCCAAUCCUAUCACCGUAUUUACCCUCCACUCUCACUCUCACCCUACUCUUCACUAAACGACACCGUUUUCACCAUCACUCGCGUCACCUCACAACCAAAAUGUCCACUCCACCGCCACUGCUGGAGCAAAAAACCACCGCGCCGUACGGUUCCUGGCCAUCUCCGAUCACCUCCGACGUCGUCUCCGGAGCCAGCAAAGGCCUUGGCGGCUCCGCUGUUGACUCUCACGGCCGCUUAUUCUAUCUUGAAUCACGUCCUACAGAAUCAGGGCGAUCAGUGUUAGUUAGGGGUGGAACUGAUGAACCAGUUGAUGUAACGCCUAAAGAGUUUUCGGUGCGGACUGUUGCACAAGAGUACGGUGGUGGUGCUUUCUCAAUUUUCGGGGAAAAUGUCGUUUUUUCAAAUUAUAAAGAUCAGAGGCUAUAUAUCCAAGCUAUAGAUUCGAAAGAUUCGGCACCUGUGCCACUUACGCCCGACUAUGGUGGACCUUCGGUGAGCUAUGCGGACGGAGUUUAUGAUAGAUUGCUUAACAGGUUUAUCGCGGUCAGGGAAGAUCGACGUGAAAGUAGUUUGGAUGCAAUUACAACCAUUGUAUCAAUAGAACUUGGUGAUAAAACCAUUCAAGAACCAAAGGUAUUAGUUGGUGGAAAUGAUUUUUACGCAUUCCCAAGACUGGAUUAUGAGGGCAAAAGGCUGGCAUGGAUUGAAUGGAGCCACCCUAACAUGCCAUGGGACAGAUCAGAACUCUGGGUUGGCUAUAUUUCCGAUACCGGAGAUAUGUACAAACGUGUAUGUGUGGCAGGUGGUGAUCCCACAAUAAUAGAAUCUCCCACUGAACCUAAGUGGUCCGAUGAAGGUGAAUUAUUCUUCGUCACUGAUAGAAAAAAUGGAUUUUGGAAUCUUCAUAGAUGGGUUGAAUCAGAGAACUCAGUGGUGCCAGUAUACACAUUAGAGGCUGAGUUUGCAAAACCGUUGUGGGUUUUUGGCAUGAACUCCUAUGAGAUUAUUAAGGAGCAGAAGAACUUAAUUGCUUGCAGUUACAGGCAGAAAGGAAGGUCUUAUUUGGGAAUACUGGACAAAAACAAGAGCACAUUAUCCGUCCUCCAGAGUCCUUUCACAGAUAUAAUGAAUAUUACUUUGGGUGUACACUGUAUAUACGUUGAGGGAGCAUCUGGAGUUCAUCCGACGUCAAUAGCUAAGGUGACCUUAGAUGAUCGGUCAUCAAAUGUAGUUGAUUUCAAGAUUGUUUGGUCUUCUUCACCUACUAGUUCAGAAUACGAAUCUUACUUUAGCUCCCCAGAAUUUAUUGAGUUUCCAACAGAAGUUCCUGGUGAGACAGCUUAUGCAUACUAUUAUCCGCCAACAAAUCCCCUUUAUCAAGCCAGUGAAGAAGAAAAACCUCCAUUGCUGUUGAAGAGUCAUGGAGGACCUACGGCUGAGGCACGUGGAAUCUUAAAUCUCAAUAUCCAAUUUUGGACAAGUCGUGGUUGGGCUUUUGUGGAUGUGAACUACGGUGGAAGUACUGGUUAUGGUCGCGUGUUUCGUGAAAGGCUUUUGCAGCGGUGGGGAAUAGUUGAUGUCAAUGAUUGUUGCAGUUGUGCGCAUUUCUUGGUGAACAGUGGAAAGGCAGAUGGUGAAAGACUUUGCAUUACCGGAGGGUCUGCAGGUGGUUACACAACACUAGCUGCACUUGCAUUCAAGAAAACAUUCAAGGCUGGAGCUUCUUUGUAUGGUGUAGCUGACCUCAAGUUAUUGAAAGAAGAAACUCACAAAUUUGAAUCGCGAUACAUGGAUAAUCUUGUUGGGAGUGAAAAAGAGUUCUUUGAGAGAUCACCUAUUAAUUUUGUGGAUCAAUUUUCUUGCCCCAUAAUCCUUUUUCAAGGAUUGGAAGACAAGGUUGUACCCCCUGAUCAAGCAAGAAAAAUAUAUCAAGCCUUAAAAGCAAAAGGAGUGCCUGUUGCUCUGGUGGAGUAUGAAGGAGAGCAGCAUGGUUUUCGUAAGGCUGAAAAUAUUAAAUGCACCCUUGAACAACAAAUGGUCUUUUUUGCACGUUUGGUUGGACAUUUUAAGGUGGCCGAUAAUAUUGUUCCAAUCAGGAUUGAUAACUUCGACUAAAGUGAAAAUCGAAAUAUGGAAUUUUAACGUCAAGACUCAAGAUGAUGAAAUCCUUGCAUUUGUUCUUUUGGGGCAUGGCUAAUAUCAUGGAUGACUUGUAUUUUUGUUUCAUGAUAGGCAAAGUGUUAUAGUUUUGUUGUUUAAAGUAUUACACGAUCAGAACUCUUUUGGCUUCAAGGUGUAUUUGGCCUCUUUAUGAUUUUGUUUGAGGUAGAGUUUAGAGUGUUACACAUAUUAAUAUUCAACUUGUUAUCGGAUAUUGGGAUUGUAUAUCGUUUAUGGUCCAAGUUGAAGAGUCUGCAGUGUCUUUCAA